UCAUUAACCAGCGUCGGAUGUGAGCAACAGCUCGUUCACAACAAUUCUCGUCCUGCAGCAUUUAUAAAGAUUAUUUUGUGUAGUUUAAAGUAUCAGAAAUGUCUUUAGAAACGGUUCCAAAGGAUCUGCGUCAUUUAAGAGCGUGUCUUCUGUGUUCUUUAGUCAAGACUAUUGAUCAGUUUGAGUACGACGGAUGCGACAACUGUGAAUCAUAUCUGCAGAUGAAGGGCAACCGAGAGAUGGUGUAUGAAUGUACAAGCUCUUCAUUUGAUGGUGUUAUUGCAAUGAUGAGCCCAGAAGACAGCUGGGUGGCGAAAUGGCAAAGAGUUGGCAACUUCAAGCCAGGUGUCUAUGCAGUUACAGUAACAGGCCGGUUACCUCCAGGUGUGGUGCGAGAGCUGAAGAGCAGAGGCGUCAUCUACCGGUCCAGAGACACAGCUGUUAAAACAUGACGACAGUGUGCAUCAGUUUAUAUCGCUACACAGUUUUCCGCUGCACGUCGGACAUCAUUAGCUGUCUUAGUGACUCCUCCUUUGUCUUUUAUAAUUUCUAUUACCCCAGACAACAAACUGUCUUUUUUGUUUUAUUUUUUUAUUCCCUUCUUGCAUUAUGACUAAGUGCUGGAUAUUUGGAAUGCUCCGAUGAGCAUUUGAUGGAUAUAUGCUUGUUUUGAUUAUUCCAU